UAUAUACUCUCAAGCACACACUCAAACCUAAACGCAUAUUCACACACGCACACACACACACACACACACACACACACACACACACACACACACACACACACACACACACACACACAGGCACCAAUAUAUACUCUCAAGCACACACUCAAACCUAAACGCAUAUUCACACACACACACACACACACACACACACACACACACACACACACACACACACACACCAUCGAGCGGGUCACUACUCGUACCUCCAUAAACUGACAGCGCGUGGCAUGAGUCCUGGGGCGCCCUGCCCUGCCCUCGCCCCACCCACCAUGGUGCCACCCCUCCAAUGAGGCCACCAUGGGACCAGCUGCUGCGGUAGCCAGCGGCGGCAGGCGGCGCGGCGGGUGGCGGUGCCGCGGGCGGUGGUGGGCGGCGGCAGUGGUGGUGGUGGCGAUGGCAGUGUUCCUGCCUCACAACACCGCCGGCAACAUUGACCUCUACAUGACGAGCGAGGAGACCAAGCGUGUCCUGGGUCUGCCGGCGGAGCUGUACUAUGUAAGGGAGGGCGUCAUCAACAAGUACGCCCUCGAGUUCAUUGUCCCAGUACCUGCUAACUUCACCUAUAUCUACUUCACCUGGAGAAGCCUCAUCAAACGCCCGAUGCAGUACAUGGCCCACAUCGAGUACGACAACGGGGAGGCCAUGGCGCUCCCGCAGCUCAACAUCUCCAACAAGGGCCUCGUACCCGCCCGCCCCGACACCUUCAGCGUGUCGCUGCCGUGCUCGGGUCGGGUCAACGCGGAGGUGGUGGUGAACCUCCACCUCAACAUCACCACCCUCAACCGUGACCGCAACCACACCAACAUCACCAUUAAGAGGAAGAAGAUCUGCCUCAAAGAAGAGUUCGCUCCGAGGAACGAGUCGAUCUACCUGCGGCCGGAGUGGAUGUCGACGUCGCUGGGGACGCUGUACGUAGCCAUGGGCGCCGCCUGCACCUUCACCGUCCUCGUCAUCACUGUGGCCUCCGUACUCUACCUCAGAGUCAAGCGCACCAGGAACCAGGCGUCGCUCACCUGCAGGUACUACAGCGGUCCUGGCUAUGUCGGCGACACCAGCGCCGCCACCACGGGAGGCAGCGGCCGCGGCGGCACCUCCCUCAGGAGCAACUCCUACGCCACCAUCGCCUCCUUCAAGAAGGUUCCCAUCCUCACCUACGAGAAAAAGAAGAAAGCCAAGGUUUGCGCGUUGAGUGGAGGUGGUGAAUCUCUGCACUACGCUUCCUCACCGCUGUCACAGGUGUACUCCCAGCCAUAUUCCCCAGCACACUCCCUCCCAGCCUCCAGGCACUCGCAUGCCUCGUGCUGCGCCUCUUCACUACACUCACAGGCUUCUUGGCGAGACCCACGUAACAUGGACCCAAGUGAGAGGGUGCGACAGUUGGCAAUAGACAGAUGGAAGGUGGAGGUUGGUGAUGUAGUGCAAGAGGGAACAUUUGGGCGGGUGUACCGUGGGGUGUAUCGAGACCCAUAUGCCCGUGCUGCCCUCACAGUUAUUGUUAAAACAGUUUCAGGUGAGGCCUCCUCAUCACAAGCACGGCUGGUAGUGAGAGAGGGACUGCUACUGGCAGGUUUACAUCAUCAACAUCUUUUGCCUGUGCUGGGUGUAUGUCUUUCAGACCCACGACAUCCACUUCUCCUUUACCCUCAUUUGGGACUCUCCAACCUCAAAACAUAUUUGCUUGGGUGUAGUCGAGGCUCUAGUGAGGGCGUCAAACUCCUUACAAGGGACGUGGUUCACAUUGCUAUACAAGUGUGUCUAGGUCUCAUUCACCUUCAUCAACAACGACUUCUUCAUAAAGAUGUUGCUACCAGAAAUUGUUUGAUAGACUCCGAACUUCAAGUCCGGGUGUCAGACACAGCACUCGCUCGUGAUUUGUUCCCACAGGAUUACCACUGUUUGGGUGACAAUGAAAACCGGCCAGUUAAGUGGCUUAGCCUUGAGGCACUUAUUCAUAAACAGUUCACUCCUGCCAAUGAUGUGUGGAUGUUUGGUGUUCUGUUGUGGGAGUUGACAACAUUGGCUCAGCAACCUUACAUUGAAGUUGACCCUUUUGAAAUGGCUGCAUACUUAAGGGAUGGCUACCGCUUAGCCCAGCCCCACAACUGUCCUGAUGAAUUGUUUGGCAUGAUGGCCCGUUGCUGGGCACCCACUCCUGAGGACCGUGCUAGCUUCCCUCACCUUCUCUCCUGUUUACAAGAUUUCUACUCGGCUCUUGGCAAAUUCAUCUGAGUGCGUUGAUGUUUGUUACUGUGUUCACAAAUAUAGGCCUGAAACCUGGUAUUUAAUGAUUGAGUAGGUUAUAAGCAAUGUAUUUUUGUGGGAUGGGGGAUUAGAUUUGUAUCGAAUUGAUUAGAUAUAACUUCACAAAUUUUAAAUGAGCAUUUCAGAAUUAUAGUGAAAUUAAUAUUCCUAUAGAGGUAUUUUUGGUUCUUAAUUAUUAUUACUAAUACAGUACAUCAUUAUUAUUAUUAUUAUUAUUAUUA